GACUGGCCUGUCCCACCCACUCUCAACAACACCAUGAAGCCCACCCUGCUCAGCCCCUUUCUGAUGUUCCUAACCUUCUCUCUGCUGCUACCUCCACUGAUGGGGAGCUUCCUUUUUAAAGAUCCUACAAAGACAUCCCACAAAAGUGCUCCACCUCCUUCCCUGGAAGCUAGUUAUUCUUUUACUAGUACUGAGAAUACCACACACGUCCCUGAACAUACAGGGAUCACGUUGAAGGAUUCAGCUUCAGAGAAACCAGGCCAAUGUCCUAAGGAUCUCCUUCCAUGCAAAGAGCUAUGCCAUGGAGAUGACUCUUGCCCCCAUGGACAGAAAUGCUGCAGCACAGGCUGUGGGCACACGUGCCAGGGAAACAUUGAAAGAGGACGCUCUGGCCAUUGUCCGUUUAUCCUCCAGAACCUUUGUAUAACAGGCUGCAAAAUUGAUGAGAACUGUCCACAUAGAGAGAAAUGUUGCAAGUCAGGCUGUGGCCAGUUCUGUGUGGCCCCUCUCCUAACUGAAAACUCCACCCAAAUUCCUGAGGAGGAGCCUUCCUUGCAAAACUUUACUGAGAUUCCAGUCUCUGAAAUACCUCCAGUUCCAGGAACCCAGGUGAACUAGGUGACCUGAUGUUCCAGAACUUCCUUGACCUCAGGAAUGGCUGGACUUCAAUGGCCUCCUGGGGUCCCUGAUGUUGGGGAAUGAAUGGCCCUACUCAGUGGCCCCUCAGUAUUGCCCCUAUUGCUCUUCUAGAACCCUGCAACACAGCUUUGAGGAGGGAGGGGAUUC